UUCUCCUCAAUGCAACAGCAGGAGCUCAUCUGUUGGACAGUGAAACUAAUCAGGAGCCAAGUAAAGUCUUUUCAGGACUGCUAACAACAACAAGCCUAGCAAAACUCUUCAAGUCGUCUACCGAGAAGAGAAGCUCGGACAAGCCAAACAUUAUUGGCGCUCAGGGCGGACUGUUUCUCCUACGUUACAGCACAGAACACUUGAGUUAUGCUUUAGAAACAAGCUCUACUGCUUCGAGAGGAACAAGGCGAACAGGCUCCGGACGUCAAUCCGAAACUCGCGGCUAGCUCGUUCACAUUAGCCAGGGGAAGACGUGUGCGGGUAGCGGCCAAAAAAAUGGAGUUGGACGACGUCGUCCUCUACCAGGACGACUCCUGCAACUCGACCAUGAUGUCCGAGCGGGUCUCCGAUUUGGCCAGUUCCAUAUACCGCGAGUUCGAGCGGCUCAUCGCGAAGUACGACGAAGACGUGGUGAAGGAACUGAUGCCGCUCGUCGUCGCCGUUCUGGAGAACUUGGACUCGGUGUUCACUGUCAACCAGGAGCACGAAGUAGAGCUGGAGCUGCUGAAGGAGGACAACGAGCAACUUGUCACCCAGUACGAACGAGAGAAGUCGCUGAGAAAGCACAUUGAAGAGCGAUACAUUGCAAAUGAAGACUCCUUGGAUGGGGAGAGAAAGGAUCUCAAAGGUCGAGUGGCGACUCUCGAGUCACACUCGCGGCAGCUUGAGCUAAAAACAAGAAACUAUGCAGAUCAAAUCAUCAGAUUUGAGGAGAGAGAAGCGGAGCUCAAGAAGGAGUACGGUGCUCUCCACCAGAGACACACGGAGAUGAUCCAUAGCUACAUGGAUCACUUGGAGCGAACCAGACACCAGCAUACAGUACCAGCAGAGCCCUCCGAUUCAGGAGUAGGCACAUCUGCGAGAACGCGGAAGGAUCGACCUAUCUCCAUGGGCAUCUUUCAAGUACCAGGGAUUGAUGGCAUGAGCACUGACCUCCACAGGGACCCCGUGGAUGUCCAGGCUGAACCUUGGAGAUUCAAUAACAUCAGCCAUCCAAGGUCUAACACCAGUCUCAAGGAUGAACUGGCCAACAUGAGCCGCGAUGGACCUAAAUCCAGCACUCCAGCCAAGGAGGGAGGCGUCUUCAAACAUGUUCCCUCACCAGCACAAGGAGGAACGUACAAAACCAGCACCCAUGUGUCUCAGACGGGUAGCUUGACAAACAACUCCACCUCAACAAUGAAAAGUGGUCAAUGCCAAACUUCAGCGCCGACAUCGCCUGGUGGCAAUACAAGUCCUUCAAUUGAAUCUGUAGCUACACCUCAGGGACACGGUGACCUCAACAAGAAUCUGGACGGCAACAUUGUUAAACCAAACCGUAAGAGCAUUUCAACCGUGCAAGGUCAACUCGGACAGGAGAAUGAAGAAACUGCAACUAUGCCUCAUGAAGGCAAUGAUGGCAAAAACAACCUGGAAAAGUCUGAGGUAUUGGUGAUUAUCGAGUCCACUCCAGAGUUGGACAUGGACCUUGAUGGCUGCCAAGGAACGAGCACACCCACUAAAGGUGGUGUAGAGAAUCUAGCAUUCGACCGGAACACUGACUCUCUCUUCGAGGAGUUGUCCUCUGCUGGAAAUGACUACAUAGGAGAUGUUGAUGAUGGAGCAGACCUUUUAGGAAUGGGUCGUGAAGUCGAACAUCUUAUCCAGGAGAACGCCCAACUUCUGGAGACAAAAAAUGCCCUCAACGUGGUCAAGAAUGACUUGAUUGCUCGAAUGGACGAGCUGUCCUGCGAGAAGGAGGUCCUCCUAGGGGAGCUUGACGCCGUCACUCAGGCGAAGAUCAGACUAGAGGAGAGGAACAACGAUUUAGAAGAUGAGCUGAAGAAAGUUCAAGCUGAACUUGGGAACAGCAAACACAAGUCUAAGACAGAGAAUGAGGAUGAUAGUGAUGUGCCCACAGCACAGCGGAAACGUUUCACCAGGGUGGAAAUGGCCCGAGUCCUGAUGGAGAGGAACCAGUAUAAGGAGAGGCUGAUGGAGCUGCAAGAGGCUGUCAGAUGGACAGAGAUGAUCCGGGCAUCAAAGGAGAACCCAGCAAUUCCAGAGAAGAAGAAAUCCAGCCUCUGGCAGUUUUUCAGCCGUUUGUUCAGUUCAUCGGGCGGCGCGUCAAAGAAACCUCCCGCUGAAGCCCCGGUCAACUUGAAGUACAAUGCGCCCACAUCGCACAUUCAACCGUCUGUCAAGAAGAGGAGCAGCGCCUUGCAGCAGCUGCCCAGCGACAAGAGCAAAGCCUUUGAUUUUCUCAAUGAGGAAUUGGCAGUGGAGAGCACGGUCUCCAGGCGAGAACAGAAACGGGCACAGUAUCAGCAGGUUAAAGCCCAUGUCCAAAAAGAGGAAGAGGGCAGACUGCAGGCUUAUGGCUGGAGUCUCCCCAAGAAGCACAAAAACAAUGGUGGUCAAGAGAAGAUGAAGGACCUACCUGUCCCAGUUUUCCUUCGACCUUUAGAUGAGAAAGAUGCCUCGAUGAAGCUGUGGUGUGCUGCUGGCGUGCAUUUAUCUGGAGGUAAAACCAGGGAUGGGGGUUCCAUCGUAGGAGCCAGUGUAUUUUACAGCAAUGUGUCAGGCCCAGAGAGCCCCAAAAAGAAAACAGGAUCUCAUAGCAGCUUGGAAAAAUUGGAUCAAGAACUCAAGGAACAGCAAAAAGAACUGCAACAACACGAUGAGUUGUCAUCGUUGGUGUGGAUUUGUACCAGCACCCAGUCGACUACUAAAGCUGUUGUCAUUGAUGCUAACCAGCCCGGAAUCAUCCUUGACAGCUUCAUUGUGUGUGAUGCCCACGUCCUUUGUAUCACCAGUGUUCCAGGUGCCAGAGAGACGGACUAUCCAGCAGGUGAGGAACUCACCUUGAGUUCAGAGACUGCGCCCGUCGAAAAGGCCUGUUUGUCCAACAGCAGUAGCAGCACAGCCAGCAAUGAUGCCGUGCUUGGAGGCAUCACUGUCGUAGGCUGCACAGCUGAGGGAGCAACGGCUGUCCCUCAGACAGCAGACGGUGCAGGCAAAGAAAACGGAGAGAUGGAAACCACUGAGGAGAGUGAAGGGUCUGCCCGUCAGAGAGGAGUAUACAGUAAAUAUGCCUUCACUGAUCCUUUGGGGCUGCAGGAGACAGCAGAGGCUUCCACCAAGUCCUUGCAAAGUCGAGAGUGUGACCUGGGAAAAGCUGGCAUGAGUUCAAACUCCACUGCUGAGGAGCAGGAUCUGAUGAGAGAAGAGGCUCAGAAGAUGAGCAGCGUCCUGCCCACGAUGUGGCUUGGGGCACAGAACGGAUGUGUGUAUGUCCACUCCUCUGUGUCACAAUGGACAAAGUGUCUCCAUUCUGUCAAGCUGAAAGACUCUGUACUAGGCAUUGUACAUGUGAAAGGGCGUGUCCUGGUUGGGCUGUCUGAUGGCACGUUAGCCAUCUUCCACCGUGGAGCUGAUGGGCAGUGGGAUCUGACCAACUACCACCUGCUCGACUUGGGGAAAACUCACUACUCCAUCCGCUGCAUGACUGUGGUGCACGACAAGGUGUGGUGUGGUUUCAGAAAUAAGAUAUAUGUGGUGCAGCCCAACGCUAUGAAGAUUGAGAAGUCGUUUGAUGCACACCCCCGUAAGGAGAGCCAGGUGCGUCAGUUGGCAUGGGAUGGUGACGGGAUCUGGGUAUCUAUCAGGCUGGACUCCACCCUCAGGCUCUUCCACGCCCACACUUUCCAGCACCUACAGGAUGUGGACAUUGAGCCUUAUGUCAGCAAGAUGUUGGGUACGGGGAAACUGGGCUUCUCAUUUGUGCGAAUCACGGCUCUCAUGGUGUCUUGUAACCGUCUGUGGAUUGGUACUGGAAACGGAGUCAUCAUUUCGAUCCCUCUCGUAGAGACUAAGCCUACGAAGGGAACAGGUAGCCACCCAGGGAGUGAGAUUCGCGUCUACGGUGAUGAGAGCAGUGACAAAGUAGCUGCAGCGACAUUUGUUCCAUACUGCUCCAUGGCCCACGCGCAGCUCUGUUUCCAUGGACACCGCGAUGCCGUAAAGUUCUUCACCGCCGUCCCAGGUCAUGCCCUUCCAUCCACAUCCAGCUGUGGAGAUGACAAGACGUCAGAUGCCCCAUCACAGGAUAGAAACAAGUCUAUGUUGGUGAUGAGUGGGGGGGAAGGCUACAUAGAUUUCAGGAUGGGGGACGAGGAAGCGGAAGCGGCGGAAGUGGAGGAUGCCCCAAUGAAACUUCAGUCCCCGCUAACAAUAGCUGAGCGCAGCCACCUCAUCGUAUGGCAGGUCGUGGACAAUGACAAAUGAAGCGCUGACCUCAGCACCCUCAGACCUGCCUCAAGCACU